AUGACCAGGAAUGAGGCCGGCAAUCGCAUCAGCUCCAUCACGAGCUCUAGCACAAGCACCGACAGCAGCACCCACUCCGCCGUCACCGUGAAGCCCUCGUCGUCGCUGUCGUCGUCCACCACUGCCACUGCCGCCUCCUCCACUGCUCCCGCCUCUGCCACCUCCACUCCCAUUCCCACUCACUCGCCUACUCCCAAUCCGGACCAUACUACCACUACCACUCCAACUCCAGCUCCGUCUUCCGCUGCUGCCGCUCCUGCUGUUCCAGGAGCUUCCUCAGCUUCCACUUCAACCUGGGCCCUCCCCACCACAUCUCGCUGGCACUCUCACCCUGCUCGCUCCAGCGCCGACGACAAUGCUUCUUUGAUGAACCAGUGGUCCUCCCCCAAGGAUGAGCAUCAGGUCUCCCCGACUACCACCUCGUUCGCCGCCCGCGGCAUCGCCAAUGUCGCAUCCAAAGACCGUCGCAUGAGCGACCUCACCAAUUACCGACGCGAGCUUGCCGUUCUCGAGACCCGAAUACCUCAGAUUCAGCACAAUCCGCCCACCGCAAGCCCCAACCCUCACAUUGCUCCGUGGAUGAACCAUAACGGUUCCUCCACGCCAUCCUCCACCAUGCCGACCAGCUUUUACAACGACUCUAGCGACAAUCUGUCCCUCGCCUCUCAGCUCUCACCAGGCCAUCCUCCCAACCACCGCCAGGUCGCCGCGUCUCACGAUCCCCCGGAUGCCGCAUACUUUGAUGGCAGGCGUCCAUCUGCCGCCAGCAUCCUCACCGCGAGCAGCCAGGGCUCCAAGACCAGCGUGACCCGUGGCGGUUUGCGUAAGUUGCAGGGCUUCUUUGGCGAGGAAUUCCCCGGGCGCGAUAGCUCCGAGAGCAGCCUACCCACUUCGCUCGUGGGCAGGGACCAGCGGUCGCGCUCAUACAGCCACAGUCGCCCCACACACAGAGAUCGCAACUAUUCCAAUGCCACUGAUCAUACUAGAGAUGGUUCCCCGUCAUCAUCGAGACCAAGAACACCCGUUCCAGCACCAGAGGUGGUGCCGUUCUUGUAUCAGGACAACACUGACAUUGCGCGAUAUGGCGAAGCCCCCGUACGAGAUAUCCUAACUGGCCCCGAUCGAGAUCGAUACGUAAACGACGGAUCCUCGCAGGUCCCUCCAAAGACAUCCUCCUCGUCGAGGUCCGGCCAUUCCAUAGUGCAUAUGCCCGGCCACCACCGACACCACAAGAGUAACGAUGAUCCCCGGACUUUGCGACCAACUCAGAGCAGGGACGACACAGCCAUUGGCACACAACUUCAGCGCGAUCGAGGGGGCAGCAGUGUUGCCAUGUAUUCGACGAGGUCAAGAGGGCAGAGCCCUACGCCCAGUACUAGAAGUGGAGGAAUGACAUGGGGUUCGAAACCCAGCCAGUUGGACGGGCAGACCUCGCCUGGCCACCACGGCAAACGUGGAUUGCUUGGUCGGUUUCGACGGCAUCAUAAGGAUAAGGAAGAUACCGCCAGGCUCCGCGAUCUACCCCAAUCUACAAAGUCCCUGCAACCCAAAUCCUCAAAACCCGACCUCCACCGGCCAGAGCUAUCACCUUCAGUAUUACCACUCUCAGGGACAUUUGGCCCUGGAGACCAGAGCGAUGUUCCAGAUUCGCGACCUGGGACGCGGGGCGCUGCGACCUUCAAUAACAAGUUCCCAUUCUCCAAGAAGGGGCGAUCUCACCGACCACACGAUUAUGUCGACGAAUCGAUUGGCCCGACAGACCGUAAUGAUCCCGACAAAAUUUACCACCUUGACACGAACCUGAACGACAUGGAGGGGAUCUUGACCAAGCCUCCGCCGCUCACACCCAUGGACAUUAGUUUUGUGAACAAUGUCGAAGCAGAUCGCACCGACUCGGUGGUAUCGAUAGCUCCUAAGGGUCGAUGGGACGCCCCGGACAGUUGGGCGGUGCGGCGUAAUACCGAAGACAACUCAUAUCACGGACCUGAUCUCGACGAGAUUGGAAGCCCCCCUCGACCAGAGGAGAAGACGGCGCCGUACUGCAUCCGAAUCUUUCGCUCAGACGGGACAUUCUCAACACAUUCCAUGUCUCUGGACUCGAGCGUCACGGACGUCAUCUCACAGGUCAUCAAGAAGACAUAUGUGGUUGAUGGCUUGGAGAAUUACCAUAUCAUCUUGAAGAAGCAUGAUCUCAUUCGGGUGCUGACGCCUCCUGAGAGACCGUUGCUGAUGCAGAAGCGUCUGCUGCAACAAGUUGGUUACGAGGACAAGGAUAGGAUUGAGGAUCUUGGUCGAGAGGACAACAGCUACCUCUGCCGCUUCAUGUUCUUGUCGGCACGAGAGAGCGACUUCCACGCCAAGACCACUGACAUGGGUCUAGCUCGAGCACAGAAGCUCAACUAUGUUGACCUUUCUGGCCGCAACCUCAUUACUAUCCCUAUAUCGUUAUACUCCAAGGCCGCGGAGAUCAUCUCGCUGAACCUUUCGCGCAACCUGUCGCUUGACGUUCCUCGAGACUUUAUCCAGUCUUGCAAGCAUCUUCGAGACAUCAAAUUCAACAACAACGAAGCGAGGAAGCUACCACCAAGUUUGAGCCGGGCCAACAAACUGACUUUCUUGGAUGUUGCCAAUAAUCGUCUGGAGCAGUUGGAGCAUGCCGAACUCCAUAUUCUGACGGGGAUACUCAAGAUGAACCUUGCCAAUAACCGACUCAAACACAUACCAUCUUACUUUGGAGCAUACCUCUCACUCCGUUCUCUCAACAUUUCCUCUAAUUUCCUCGACAAAUUCCCCCUAUUCCUGUGCAACCUCCCGAGUCUGGUUGACCUCGACCUAAGUUUCAACGGCAUUGCAACGAUCCCCCCCGAGAUCAGCGGCCUGCAAAACUUGGAGAAACUGCUGAUAACCAACAACAGACUGACACACGCCGUGCCCGCUUCGUUCAGACAGCUGAUUAGUUUGCGCGAGCUUGACAUCAAGUACAAUGGCAUCACGAGCAUCGACAUCAUCUCUGAACUCCCGAAAUUGGAGAUCCUAUCCGCCGAUCACAACUGCGUCUCGUCUUUUGUGGGACAGUUUGAGUCGAUUCGCCAGCUGAAGCUGAACUCGAACCCUCUGAACAAGUUCGAGAUUGUGGCACCAGUCCCGACGCUCAAGAUACUGAACCUCUCGAAUGCGCAGUUGGCCAGUAUUGAUUCCUCCUUUGCGAACAUGAUCAAUCUUGAGCAUUUGAUCCUGGAUAAAAAUUACUUCGUCUCCUUGCCCCAAGAGAUCGGCACUCUUAGCAGGCUUGAGCAUUUCAGCAUUGCCAAUAACUCGGUGGGAGAACUGCCGGCUCAGAUUGGUUGUUUGAAUGAGCUGAGAGUGCUCAAUGUGCGAGGAAACAACAUCUCUAAACUCCCCAUGGAACUCUGGUGGGCGAAUAGACUCGAGACUUUCAACGCCUCCUCAAACGUCCUCGAACACUUCCCCGCGCCGGCCUCCCGGGCGCCGCGGAUGCCCGGCGAGGAAUCACAGCCGGCGCCACCCCCUGUUAAUGGGAGAGCCGCUCCCCUCGGGACGUUAUCGGCCACGCCGAGCUCAGAGGAGCUCUCUGAUGAGAGAAGACCAAGUCAAAACUCGAGCACACUUCUCAGUGUCGGCCCGUCUCCCCUGGCUGGUGACCGCAAGAGUUCUGUAGUGUCUGUCUAUGGGAAGGGUGGCAGGAAGACGUCGGUGGUGUCGAGAGCGACUACACCGUCAGUGGCCAUGUCCUCGGCGAACCCCAGAAAGGAUUCCUCAUCUAGGUUUACUAACACUUUUGCCGGAUCUCUUCGAAACCUCUACCUGGCCGACAACCGUCUUGACGAUGAUGUUUUUGAGCAGAUCAGCCUGCUCCCGGAGCUCAAGGUGCUCAACCUCUCAUACAACGAUGAAAUCAGCGACAUGCCACAGAGGUCGAUGAAGAGGUGGCCGCAGCUUGUCGAGCUCUAUCUGUCUGGAAAUGGACUCACAACAUUGCCGGCAGAUGACUUGGAGGAGUCCAGUCUGCUCCAGGCGCUGUACAUCAACGGCAACAAAUUCACCAACCUGCCUGCUGACAUUUCUCGGGCUAAGAACCUUGCCGUGCUUGAUUGCGGCAACAACUUUUUGAAAUACAACAUUUCUAACGUGCCGUAUGACUGGAACUGGAACCUCAACCCCAACCUGCGAUACCUGAACCUGUCCGGCAACAAGCGCCUGGAGAUCAAGCAGUCAACAUACGGCCCUAGUGGACCCGGGGUUGUUGAUCGUGAGGAGUACACAGACUUCAGCCGUCUGCUUAACCUGCGCAUACUGGGUCUUAUGGAUGUUACACUUACUCAACCCAGCAUCCCCGAUCAGAGUGAGGACAGACGUGUGCGCACAUCGGGAUCUCUCGCCGGCCACCUGCCUUACGGUAUGGCCGAUACCCUUGGCAAACAUGAGCAUCUGUCCACUGUCGACUUGGUGGUACCGAGAUUCAAUGCUUCCGAGACUGAGAUGCUUCUGGGCUUGUUUGACGGACAGGCUCUCUCCAGUGGAGGAUCCAAGAUUGCCAAGUAUCUCCACGAGAAUUUCGGUCACAUCUUUGCCUUGGAGCUGAAGUCACUGAAGUCACAGACCAAGGAGACCCCAAUUGACGCUCUUCGGCGUGCAUUCCUCGCGCUCAACAAGGACCUGGUGACGAUCGCUAUCCAGCACUCGGAAGAACGGCCGCUCAAAGUGCAUAGGGGAUCUGGCCAGCCCGUGAUUCUGACCAAGGAGGAUCUCAACUCGGGUGGUGUUGCCACCGUGAUCUAUCUCCAGAGUACAGAACUAUACGUUGCGAACGUGGGCGAUGCCCAGGCCAUGGUGAUCCAGACUGAUGGCACCCACAAGAUGCUGACUCGCAAGCAUGACCCUGCUGAGCCCAGCGAACGAUCCCGCAUUCGUGAAGCUGGUGGGUGGGUUUCUCGCAAUGGCAGGUUGAACGACCUUCUCCAGGUGUCACGCGCCUUUGGUUAUGUUGAUCUGAUGCCGGCCGUGCAGGCGGCGCCGUACGUCAGCAACAUGACUCUCAAGGAGACGGAUGAUAUCAUCCUGAUAGCAACCAGGGAGUUGUGGGAGUACUUGUCUCCUGGCCUGGUCACUGACAUCGCGAGAGCAGAGCGUGGUGACCUCAUGAGAGCGGCCCAGAAGCUCCGCGACCUCGCCAUUGCAUAUGGCGCCUCUGGUAAAAUCAUGGUCAUGAUGAUUAGUGUCGCUGACCUCAAGCGGCGGAUGGAGCGGUCCAGGAAUCACCGCGGAACCACUAGCAUGUCCCUUUAUCCAUCCGGCAUCCCCGACGGGGCUCAAGUUCUCUCGACGAGAAGGGGCCGUAGAGGCAAGGGAGAUGUUCUCGACUCCCAGCUCAACCGACUCGAGGCCGAAAUCCCGGCGCCCACAGGCAACGUGUCCAUCGUCUUCACGGAUAUCAAGAACUCGACAACCCUGUGGGAGAUGUAUCCUAGCGCCAUGAGAUCGGCCAUCAAGCUCCACAACGAGUUUAUGCGUCGGCAGUUGAGAAAGAUCGGCGGAUACGAGGUCAAGACUGAAGGUGAUGCUUUCAUGGUGUCGUUCCCGACAGCUACAUCUGCUUUGCUAUGGACAUUUUCGGUCCAGACGGGGCUCCUCGAUUUGCCCUGGCCAUCCGAAGUCUUGAACUCGGUGUCCUGCCAACCGGCGUACGACAAAGACAACAGCCUCAUCUUCAAGGGUCUGUCAGUGCGAAUGGGUAUCCAUUUUGGAGACUGCGUGAGCGAAACAGACCCAGUCACCCGACGUAUGGACUACUUCGGACCCAUGGUCAACAAAGCAUCCCGAAUCUCGGCUGUCGCGGAUGGAGGACAGAUCACUGUGUCGACUGAUUUCAUCUCGGAGAUACAGCGAUGUCUCGAGAACUUCCAGGAUACAGACCGGAGCAACGCCUCUGAGGCUGAAGAUUCGUUUGAGGACGAAACGUAUGCCAGCGCCAUCAGGAAGGACCUGAAACACCUUACUUCUCAAGGCUUCGAAGUUAAGGAGCUAGGCGAGAAGAAGCUGAAGGGUCUGGAAAAUCCCGAAGUUGUCUACUCGCUCUACCCCCACGCGCUGGCCGGACGUAUCGAGUUCCACCAGCAGCAUGAGAGACGAGAGGAAGGCGGUGGCGACAAACCAGCGAUCCUCGCUCCUGGAGCCGAGCUCAGCUUCGACCCAGAUAUGAUCUGGACUCUAUGGCGCGUGAGCUUGCGCUUGGAGAUGCUCUGCAGCUCGUUGGAAUUGCCGCGAGACGAGGCCCCUGGGGGCCUUCAAUCUCCCGAGACAGAGUUGCUCGAAAGGAUCAAACAGCGUGGAGGAGAGGUGACGGAUCGAUUCUUGAUCAACUUUAUGGAACAUCAAGUGAGCAGGAUAGAGACGUGUAUCUCAACAUUGGCAAUGCGCCACCUUGCUAUUGGCGGUGGCGUCAUCAAGGAGCUUGACGAGCUCCGAGGGCCCAUGUCUGAUAUCCUGGACGAACUCACGGCUCAACGUAAGGAACUGGAGCGGUACAAGAAGCGAUACGGCAAACUGCCCAGCCCCGAAAGCAGCGACGAUGAUGAAGAUGACGACGAUACGGAUGAAGGCAGCGACACGGAGCAAGAGUCCUAA